CAACCAUGCGAGUCGUGUCAAUUGUUAAUAGAGAAUAGUUUAAAAAAAGGUUUAUAAUAAUAUCGACACGAUAUCCAUAGUGGGAAUAAAUUCCAUGUGGAAAGCCUUUCCAUGAAUUAUUAAGUAAAGCAACUUGUCGUUUAGGACGGUUAUGGAAAAAAUUGGAAGUAACACAAGACGCUUUGUCAUAGAGUCUAUUGCCGUUUCGAACUUUCGAUUCAUUGUCUGGUUCAGCAUUAAUUCGUUGUGCGUUUGUGUAAAUUGCAUUGUGAUGUAAAAUGGAGGGAAAAACAUCCACUUGGAAAGACAAAGGAAUUUGAGAUUGACAAUCCAAAAUUUGGAGGUUCAUAUAAUUCUUUGAGAUUCCUGACUCGGGAGAAGUCAUGAACAAGCUGCUAUUAAAGCCAAAUAAACCGAGAUUUCUACUCGACAGGUCAAUGAAUGAGUUCUAUACUGUCAGAAGUCAAGUCAAUUACCCCAAGCUUCAAACACCCUACAGAAGUGGCUCAGAACAAUAGGAUGCACAUUUCUCGUCAAAUUUGCAGAAUGCAGUCUUCCUGCUGGAUUAGGUUGAGAAAUUUAGGCAGGUGCCCAUCCAUAUCUUUAGAGAAAAUAAUGUGGCGGCGCGAUCAACUCUCCUGGUUUAGUCGAUUAGCCAAACGUGAAUGCGACAAGAGCAGAUUUCCGUUCGACAUGGGAAAACUGGACUUACUAUUUUCCAUCGACUCAGCAAUUUGGGACAGCCAUGUUGGGGCAGUCAUGUUUGAAAUCAAGUUGAAGGAUGGUCAGCUGGAUUAGCAGGCUUGCUUGUAUGGAACAUCUAGAAAAGAUGGAGAAUAAAAGCUAGCUACUACUCCAACAUGAUUAAGGAGCUACUUGAGUUGGAUUACUGCUGCUGAUGCUGGACGCGUCAUUUAAAGGAAUAAUCCAGCGGAUCGCAAUCUUCCCGGAAGUUGGAAAUCAUCCUCCAGUACUCAACUGUUUUCUGCUUGUACAAUGUAUAGUCCUGGAAUCCCAUUGGAGUAUUGCACCACCACCAGUACAACGUUUCGGAAAACAGAGGAGAAAUGAUAGAAUGAAGGCUCGAAAUAUUGAUGAGACAAGGUGUCAACUGUUCUCUCGCCAGCCUUUAGCGUCGUUAUCAACAUUAAACCUCUUAGCGCAUCUCCUCUGCCGAGUUAGUUAAAGGCAGUAGCCAACGUUCGAGUACUACGGCGUACGAGAAUGUCCCACGUCUUACGAUGAUAACAGAUCUGACAUCCCCAACGAAUUUAUCUCAGGUGAAAAGCUCCAACGACGCAUCCGCACGAUCCGGGCAACUUGAAUUUUUCAAUGGCGAAAGGGAAAGUGUAGUCUUUUGGGUUGUAGACCAAGAAGCGAUGGAAAAUAUUUUUCUGGACGCACUUGGACUCGUAGCAGGACGGGACCAAGGGGCAGGUGGUUCCCACGACCACGUCGCAUUCUUCAAUUCGAGCGGUUUGCGUGUACUUGAUGCCGUAAGACUCGACGCCGUUGACGAUGGUCCGCCACUUGCCGUCGACGUUGAUGGCCCGGAAAGGACGGACGUAAUCGGUGGAACUCGGGCAAAGUUAUGCAUCAGUGCCAUUUUGCUUGCUGGAGUGUUUGCCCAUCCAGAGGCAGCUGCUGAGCCCCAACAAUAUCCCAAACCAGCCUAUCCAGCAGCUUAUGGCCAGAAGUACAACAAUUACUGCAACCCGCGAAAGGCACCAACCUGCGCCAAAACCGGCACUGAAACUUUUUGUCUGAAAGACACCGAAUAUCCGGAGAAAGAGGUCAAGUACGCCAUCGAUUACGACCCGUUGGUGCUGAAGAAAUACGCCGAUGUUGCCGAUCAGUCGGCCGAUAAUUUGGUCGAUGGACUGACCUCUUUGGCUGAGGCGCACUUCGACUACUCCAACUACAAAGGCAAAUUCUUCGAGAAGGGCCACUGGUCUGGUGACGAGGGAUACAUCUGCCCUAGCGACGUUGUUUAUGCUCGCCCACUCCGAGCAGUGAAUGUCGAUGGAGAAUGGCGGGUCAUCGUCCAAGAAAACGCCUGGCCCGGAUACACCCAGACUCAACGCGUCGAAAAAUGUUUGUUCCCCGGUGCAUCUUGUCGCACCUUGGCCCCUUGUUUCGGCAGCAAAUGUCUGCAAAAAUAUGUUUACCAGCGGAUGCUUUCCUUCGAUCCCUGCGAUCCCCAGAAGGGAAUCUUCAUCGACAUCUACAAGUUGCCAUCAGCCUGCUCUUGCCACAUUCCCGGUAAACUCCACUGACUAAAUUAAUUUUCCCGAAUGAAAUUCCUUCGUGAUGUUCAUUUAAUUUAAAACUGUCAUGUGGUACUUACGAUGAUAACUUAACUCACACUUGUCUUAAAAUAACAUAACUUGAAUCUA